UGAAUUAUUGAAAAACAUUGGAAGAAGAUGAUGCACUAUUAUGUUGUUCUUUCUGUUUCAGGCGCAUUUUGCCUGCUUCUCUUUCUUUCUUCUCCGCUCCUUGUUAUCUCACAAAACAAGUCCGAAAUGCAGCACUCUUAUCUCUAUACAAGAUGCUCAGAAAGAUUUAAUUCUAGUCUUCGGUUCGAGAACAACCUUUACCACCUUCUUAUCCAGCGGCUUUAUGGCCAAGGAAGUAUCUAUGGUUUCUUUAACGAUACGGUUGGGGAAAAUCAAGACAAGGUUUAUGGCCUUUUCCUCUGUAGAGGUGAUGUCCAACCCAAUUUCUGUGAAAGCUGCAUUGACUUAGCAACCGCUAAGAUCGUAGAGGAUUGCGCUGGUGACAAAGAGGCGAUCAUAUAUUAUGAUGCAUGCCUGGUGCGCUUUUCCAAUAGAUCUUUCUUCUCUAUCAUGGAGCUAUCACCUUCUUUUGGUAUGUAUAAUCGUGCAAAUGCAACGGACAUUGACAAAUUUGAAACUAAUCUGCUCGAGACUUUCGCCAAUCUGAUCACGAAGAUUUCAAAUGUUUCUAACUACAUGUAUGCAACUACAGAAGUUAGUGUUUCAAAUUCCACGAAGCUGUAUGGACUUGCUCAAUGCACCCCUGAUUUGUCAGUUGCCGAUUGUCAAUCUUGUCUACGUAGCUCAAUAGCUAAAAUCCUAUCUUUAGCGACUGGAAGAAAAGGUGCGAGAGUUUUCCUACCAAGCUGUAGCAUCAGGUAUGAGAUAUAUCCAUUUUAUGGAAAACCUCGAGACGAAUCAACAAACACUACGAUAAUCAAGAGUCCUGGAGUUGAAUCAGAAGCACCCCUUCCUUCAAGUGGGGUGAGAUCCAUGGAGUUCCCUUCGAUUCAGUUAGAUAUAUUACAAACAGCAACAAAACAAUUUUGUGAUGAAAAUAAAGUUGGAGAAGGUGGAUUUGGCCCUGUGUACAAGGGCAAAUUGGCAGAUGGAAAAGAAAUUGCAGUUAAAAGGCUCUCUAGAACUUCUGGGCAAGGGUUACUUGAGUUCAAGAAUGAAGUCAUGUUAAUUGCCAGACUACAACAUAGAAAUCUUGUGAGACUCCUGGGCUGCUGCUUGGAGCAAAACGAAAAACUGCUUGUUUAUGAAUACAUGCCCAAUAAAAGCCUUGAUGUGUUCCUCUUUGAUUCAAGCAUUGGUGUGCAACUGGAUUGGCAGAAGCGUCUUAGCAUUAUUAAUGGCAUUGCCCGAGGCAUCCUGUAUUUACAUGAGGAUUCUCGUCUUAGAAUUAUUCAUAGGGAUCUUAAAGCUAGCAAUGUUUUGCUAGAUCACGAGAUGAACCCAAAGAUAUCAGAUUUUGGAAUGGCUAGAAUUUUUUGUGGAAAUCAAAAUGAAGCAAAUACAGACAGAGUGGUUGGAACAUAUGGAUACAUGGCACCAGAGUAUGCUAUGGAAGGACUUUUUUCGGUCAAAUCCGAUGUUUUCAGUUUCGGAGUCCUCUUACUGGAGAUAAUAAGCGGCAAAAGGAACAAUGGCUUUCAUCUUUCGGAGCGUGGUGAAAGCCUCCUAACCUUUGCAUGGAAACUAUGGUCUAAAGGUCAAGGAAUGGAGCUAAUAGAUCCGCUCCUUGUUCAGUCGUGUGUUCCCACUCAGGUUCUUAAAUGCAUCCGUAUCGGGCUGUUGUGCCUGCAAGAAGACCCAGCAGACAGACCUACCAUGUCAUCUGUGAUUGUCAUGUUGGCAAACGAGACCAUAACACUUCCUCUACCAGCAGAACCUGCAUUUUCUGUUGGACGUGUUGUUGCAGAACCAACUCAAUCCACUUCAAGUGAUAGAAUCUGUUCUGUUAAUGAGGUUACAAUUUCAAAUAUGUCACCUCGGUGAUUGAUUAGUGGCUGCAUCUUUCUUUAUUUCACUGAACACUUAUUAAGCCUU